CUUCAAACCGGAAGCGAUGUCCGAGGGCGAGAGAGACAGCGUCCCAUUCUGCUAACUAGGCCUCUUGAGGCGUGAGGGGGCGAGAUGUCGCAACAGCCGCCGCCGUUUCCCUCAAACUUCGCGAGGCUGCCUCGGCCCAACUACUUCCCACCGACGGGGGCUCCUCCGCAGGGUGUUUUUGGCGGGCCGCCGCCGCCUCACCACCCUCCGUUUUCUCUUUCCCCGUUCCCGCCUUUUUCGGCGGGUGGCCGAGGCCUUCCUACCCCCGCUUACCCGCCGCCAUUCCGGCCGCCGCUGCCCCCUCCUUCGUGGCAGCAGCAGCAGAAACCUCCGGAGCUGUCCGCGCCUCAAUGGAGGCCCGAGGCGCCGCCGUACAUAGCCGGGGAGAAGCCAAGGUUCCCGCCUCCGGAGCGGCCCUCGCCUCAAUGGAGGCCCGAGGCGGUGCCGUUCGUGGCCGGGGAGAAUCAAAGGCUCCCGCUCGGACCUGACGCUGCUGCCUCAGCCGGCGGCCUGAGGCGAGGAGACGGCAGCGACGAGAGCGAGCAAUGGCUAAGCCGUUUCUUGGCUUGCCGCCGCACCGAAGGCGCCGGCGCCGGCGCCGCCUCUCCCCCGAAGCCGCGCGGCUUGAAGCCCAGCCAGGCGGGCCUGUUGGCGGCGGAGGCGCUGCAGCUGCUGGCGCAGGUGGCGGCGCUGUGCGGGGCCUGGCGGCGGCGGGAUGACCACGCCGAGGCCGAGGAAGUGGCCGAGGCCGAGGCCCGGCUGGCGGAGCUGCGGGAGGUGGUGCGGCCCCUGCGGGACGAGGCAGCGGCGGAGGCUCCCCUGGCCCAGCUGCGCCGCCACGCGGAGAAGAGUCGCAAGAAGAGGCUGCGGCGCCAAGCGCGGAGGCAGGAGGCGCGGGCCGCUCGCGAGGAGGAGGCGGUCCGCGAGGCCGAGAGGGAGGCGCGGAUCGAGAGCUGGCGGGCCAGGCGCGCCCUGGAAGUCGAGGAGAGGCACCGGGAACAAGAACUUAAAGCUGCUGCAGACAGUGUGUUAUCUGAAGUAAGGAAAAAACAAGCAGACACGAAGCGUAUGGCAGAAAUCCUGCGUGGCUUAGAAAAGCUGAGGAAACUAAGAAAAGAAGCAGCAGCAAGGAAAGGUGUUUGUCCACCCCCAGAUGCAGAUGAAGCCUUUGAAAAUGAAGUCCAGAGCUUAAGAGCAUUGAUAAAAACACGCACUGAACUCUAUGAAGCUGAAGAACGAGCUCUGCGGGUUAUGCUGGAAGGAGAACAGGAGGAGGAGAGGAAAAGAGAAAUGGAAAAGAAGCUGAAGCGAGAAAAGGAGAAACUUCAGCAGCAGAAGCGGGAAAUGGAUUCAAAACUGUUUGGGGAUCCAGAAGAAUUUCCCCUUGCCCGCCUUUUGGAGCCCUUCACACAGUAUUAUUUGCAGGCUGAGUAUUCUGUGCCAUCUCUUAUCCAGAUCAGGCAUGAAUGGGAUCGAUACCUGGUGCCUACAGAUCAUCCUGAAGGAAACUUUAUCCCACCAGGAUGGGUCAUUCCCUGUCAACCUUCUAGUGACAUCUGGGCUACAGCUGUUGGAUGAUGUGUUCGGAGUCUAAAACAAUAGCAACACGAGUGAUAAAGCGUACUUCAUUAAUUCCUUUGGACUUGAAAAACUCUGAAUCUUUUUCUUAUAAAGCAGUGGCACAGAAUACAUAAGAUGAAUAUGCAACAGCUGAUUCAGAAGACAAAUACUGCCCCCC